CCCCCCGGCCAUGAGCGGCUCCCCCGGGGCAGCCCCGCAGCCCCGGGCCGGCCCCGCCAGGCCCCGCGCCUCCUUCCUCAUCCAGGACAUCCUCCGGGAUGCGCCGGAGAACGGCCGCGCUCCCGGGAAAGCGGAGCUGGGAGAGGCCGGCCGGGAGAGCCCCGGGGCCGGGGCAGCCACGGGAGAGACCCCCGGGGGUCCCCGUGCCCCCGGAGCCGCGGGGACAGCGCAGGGACCGGGCGCAGAGGCCCCAGUGGAGCCGUUCCUGCCCGAGCGUCCCCCCACGGCCCCGCGGCCUCCCCGGCCGGGCAAACGCUCCCGAGCCGCCUUUUCCCACAGCCAGGUGAUCGAGCUGGAGCGCAAAUUCAGCCACCAGAAAUACCUGUCGGCCCCAGAACGAGCCCACCUGGCCCGGCACCUGCAGCUCACCGAGACCCAGGUGAAGAUCUGGUUCCAGAACAGGAGGUACAAGACCAAGAGGAAACAGGCGGUGGCCGGGAUGAGCCGCUUGGACUCGCCUCAGGAAGCGCCAGAAUUCCCGGGAAUGUCGCUGCUGGCGCUCAGGAGCGCCUGGCCCUACCUGCCCUGCCUCUACUACGUCAAUUCCUGGAGUCCUUCCUGGUAGAAAUGGCUUUUUUGGGUGGAAAACAUCUGGUUUUAACAUCACUCCAAGGGGAGGGAUUGCAGUGACAGCCUUUCGUAGCGGUAGAGAACGCUGUCCAAAGAAAAACCAAACCAAAAUUUUGAUUGCACUUAAUUCAGUUUUUGAUGGCAACGCUCUGGGAAUUCCCAGAAUUUGGGCCUGGAAGUGCCCAAAUCCCGGCUGGAGCUGAGGGUCUCUGGCCUUACCUGCCCUGCCUCUACUACAUCAAUUCCUGGAGUCCCUCCUGGUAGAAAUGGCUCUUUUGGGUGGAAAACAUCUGGUUUUAUCUUCAGGCCGAGGGGAGGGAUUGCAGUGACAGCGUCUUGUAGCAACAGCGUGAAAUUUCUCAUCACUGACAUUGAAAUAACUGGAAAAAAGCCAAAAAAUUUUAAUUUCAGUGCUCUGGGAAUUCCCAGGGAAUCCGUGGCUGCUCCAUCCCUAAUCCCGGCUGGAGCUGAGGGUUUGGAGCCCCUCCUGGUACAAACGGCA